UCUCUCGCUCUCUCUCCGAAUAUAACCGACGGUUUCCGCGAAUGUGCGAGCUGCCUCCUUGCAAGCAGCCAUAAUUGGGAUUAUUCAGGAAUAAUUCGCCUAAUCCAGCCGCGUUGUUUUUCUUUUUCUUUUUCCAAAUCGUGACAUCGACAGCGUUCGGCGACGUGAAUCCCACCGUGACAUCGUUGGAUUUGUCAGAAAUGCAUUUGUUCUGUCACGCAGGCGUUUUUUUUUUUCUCCUUUUUUUUUUUUCCCAUUGUGGACUUUUAAAAUGUAGUCCACCUUUACUGGACCGCAACACAAAUACUGCAUAUUAAGAGUUCAGGGUAAAUCCAUCGCCCGUUUGGACUGAAAGAUGGGACAGAGAGACGGAUCGAGGCUGUUGUCUGUGUGGACUAAUUGCUCUGGUGCCACCAGCCAAUAUACAUGCCAAGACGAUUCAUUUAGGGGAUGCGCGAUCUCUUUUCCCCCCCUCUAUCUACCGUUUGUGGGUGGGUUAUUGUAAGCAUUGACAAUCUGACAUCAUUUGGAUAUAUGUGAACAGAACCAGAUUAUGGUUUUUCAUCGCGUCUGUUUCUAGCCUUGUGGAAAUCUAUCUUCGACGUGGUGCAACAUCAAAUCUGUUUUCUCCGAUGAUUUUCAGACACAAAUGAACACAUCCCUCUGUAUGAGACUGUAACAGGGUGGCGGUUUUCUGCAUAUCUCUUAAAUGUGCCAGAGUCCUCACCCUGGAUUGCUUGAUCAGCUGUUGAUAAUUUUUUUGUUGUUGGAUAUAGCCUCCGCCGUCUUAUGUUUUUUUGGCUAUAUGUUGCUGAAUUCCAUUUCCUCGCGAUGGAUUUAUGCAUAACAGGUGUUGUUUGAGCCCGAGAGCACAGCACGAGCAUGAGGCUUUAUGAUGUGUUUUUCUCUCGAUUCAACAAACAGUGAAACAAAGCGACUGGGAUCGUUUUCUGGUUUUUGCCUUGAGAGAAGAACAGAUCCAAAAGAAGAUGAGGGGAUGAAAGGUGGUGAGCUUGUGGACAAAGAGGCAAGAUGAAUCUGUCAUGUAGAAAAGAUCCUUACGGCCUCUCCUUGUAAAGACGAGGGAGCCGUGGGAGACGACGGCUGUAGGAGGAUCAGUAGUUUUUAUAAAAGGGCCGGGCCGAACCAGGCGGGCUCUCGUGGAAGGUAACAGAAUGGCUAACCAGAGCUUUGCCAUCGAUGGCCCUGGCAGUUUGUUGGCUGUGCUGGCUUCGCAGAGUGGAAUGGCAAGAGGUGGCCGCAGCAGCAGCAGCAGCGGCGGUGGUGACGGCAGCGGCAACGGUGGAGGAAUCUCUGCCACGGAUGUGUCUGCCUACUUUAAGCUGGUCUUCUUGGGUUUGAUCAUCUGUGUGAGCCUCGUCGGCAACCUCUUGGUCUCCCUGCUGGUCCUGCGAGACAGGACACUUCACAAGGCCUCCUACUUCUUUCUCCUGGACCUGUGCCUGGCAGAUGCAGUCCGCUCGGCCGCCUGCUUCCCCUUCGUGCUGGUUUCCGUCCACAACAGCUCGGCCUGGACUUACAGUGCCUUGAGUUGUAAAGUUGUGGCUUUUAUGGCGGUGCUGUUUUGUUUUCACGCUGCCUUCAUGCUGUUUUGCGUGGCUGUCACCCGCUACCUUGCCAUCGCCCACCACCGGUUCUACGCCAAGCGCAUGACCAUCUGGACCUGCGCCGCCAUCAUUUGCAUGGUGUGGACUCUGGCCGUUGCCAUGGCGUUCCCACCUGUCUUCGAUGUGGGGACAUACAAGUUCAUCCGUGAUGAGGAUCAGUGCAUUUUCGAACACCGCUACCUGAAGACCAACGACACCCUGGGCUUCAUGCUCAUGCUGGCUGUGGUGGUCCUGGCCACGCACGGCUUCUACGCCAAGCUGCUGCUGUUUGAGUACCGUCACCGCAAGAUGAAACCGGUCCAGCUCGUGCCGGCGAUCAGCCAGAAUUGGACCUUCCACGGUCCUGGGGCCACGGGUCAGGCUGCAGCUAACUGGAUUGCAGGGUUCGGUCGUGGCCCCAUGCCACCCACCCUGUUGGGCAUCAGGCAAAAUUUACACAAUCAACACCGGCGGCUGCUCGGGAUGGAAGAGGUGAGGUCAGAGAGGAGGCUGGGCAGGAUGUUCUACACCAUCACCCUGCUCUUCCUGGUCCUCUGGGCUCCUUACAUCGUGGCAUGCUUCUGGAGGGUGUUUGUCAAGUCCUGCAGCAUUCCUCACAGGUACCUCUCCAUCACUGUCUGGAUGAGCUUCGCCCAAGCCGGAGUCAACCCCAUCUUCUGUUUCCUGCUCAACGAGGACCUGAGGAAAGUGCUGAGAGCUCACCUGCCCAAUUACUGGAGGACUAAACAACACCUUCCCCAGGACGAGGCCUACUGCAUCAUGUGAUAAGAUAUAGGAGCUUAAUGAAGGGAAUGUUAUAUGUUUUAAAGGGAGAAUUUCGAGAGUAGAAGGGAUGUAACGCACCUUGGUUACGUGUCCGUUUUGUUGUUUUGCACAACAAAAUCAAUUCUUUGCCAACAAAUGCAGGCAUAGGCUUAUUAAGAAUGUUAUUUGAAUACAUGUGUCAGGUGCAGAGGAAACGCCCUGGUAACAGGGCAGUAAAGCCCUGGUAACACUUUAAUGGUUUGUAUUUCUGAUGAUGUACUGUAUGAUUAAUAAAUAGGAAAGAUCACAACUAUCACCACUCCAACUAAGUGUGACAGAUGCCAUUUUAAAAUAAUGUUGCCUUAUUUCAAUGGGACACGCCCCAGAGCUUUUAACUGAGAAUGAGUUUCUGUGUCACAUGAGGCACAAAACAGACACAAAGAGGGUUGAAAUCCUUGAAGAAAUGUGCCGCGGAAUGUGAAAAGAAAGUGUUGAUCAGAGCGUCACUAACUCUGAAACACAUCAAGGAACUUAAAGGGUCUGAAUGGAUUGAUAGACCACCCCGGACGCCUUUUCAUGUAAUUCAAAGAAGACUGCAGAAUAUCGAAUGGACCCAAUAACCUUGGAUAGAUUUAAAUAGCUGUUGUGAACCCGAGAAGCCCCUAACAUGCUUGAUUUUUUGGACUUGAUUUAGGGCGUGUCAGGUUUCUUUGUAUCAUAAAAAAAAAUGCCUGUUUUCCUUCAUUUGUAAGCUAUACAUGUUAAGCAGAUGACACUAUUUUGAAAUAUGACUUGAUUUCAUAUUGUACAGACUGUACAGGAAUGUAUAUUCCUGCUUGUGUGUUUUUAUAUAGAAUUCAUGUGUGUUUGUGGUGUGUGUGUGUGUGUGUGAGAGAGAGAGAGAGAGAGAGAGAGAAGAAGCAGCAGACAGAGCUGAGAGGAGAGGAGGGAGAAAGACGAGAGAAAUAAUGAUGAUAGAAUAGGUUCCAGUAAUAUUGAGUCAAUAUGAAAGCAGCCUCAUCUUGGAGUCUUCAUAUCAUGCUUUGGAUGAAAAUAUAGCCUUUAAAUGGAUUUCCUAGACUGAACAUGUAGUCGGAUUUGUUUAAAAUGUUAAGUACAGAUGGAUUAUAGAAAAAAGACGGUCAAAUAAUAAUUAGAAAACAACACUUGUGCAAUGUAAACAAGCCAAAGGAUUUAAAGACUUGAAAGAUGAUGUAAAUUACGUCGUUUUAAAAAAUCAUUAGCAAAUGAACAUUUGCAGAUGAUGGUCUUGGGAAUGUUUUUAAAGUACUGUUACCUCGAAUGUUACCAGGCUCUCUUAUAAUUCCCUCCCAACAUUAAUGUCCCCAUUUGAGUGUCCUGGAUCACAGGAAGUUCAAAAUCCAAACGUCUUCAGGCUGGACCACAGAGAUGUUUGGUGAGUGGAAACCGGCUUAGAGUACACAACGUUGUCUUUCCAAAUUAAGAUUCAUGUAAUACAAAUGUCAGACCUACAGUAUGUUAGGCAUAGAUAUAUUUGUGCAGUCAAUUUUCUAAAUGUGGACCCUUGCACAGCAUACUGUAUUAGCAUGCAUUCCACUGCAUUUCAUAGAUUCAAGACUGGGGAUUACAACUUGUACAGAUGUUGAUAUGGGAAGACGAAGUAAAACGGGAAGUCCAUCAUUUUUAUGUCUGGCAUUCCUUCGCGAGAUGAUAUUCUGUAACUGUACAGUUUAACUGAGGUGGUUCUUUUGCCCACUCAUCAAUAAAGACUCUACUUUUGAUGCAUUCUGA